ACUUCGACUGUGGAAACACAUUGGCUUGAUGCCUGGCAUGGGCUAAUGAGACACCUGAUAUCCUCUAAUUUCUACUCUGCAAGAGACGGGAACACGCUCUGGUCGAAAUGAGCACAGACGGGGGCCAACAGGUCGUCGUUGAUACCUACUACACCACGAUCCACACACUGGGUCGGCAAAACAGAAAUGAGGGCAGGCAGCUGCGCUACAUGCAGAAAGAUGGCAGGUUUCCCGUGGUUUUCCAGAAGGCCCCCGGGGACUGGAGCCCAUACCUCAUGGACAUCUUCACCACACUUGUAGAAAUCCGCUGGAGGGUGAUGCUCCUCAUAUUUUCCCUCUCCUACAUUCUCUCCUGGCUCUUUUUUGGUCUCUCUUUUUGGCUCAUUGCAUAUGUGCAUGGGGACAUUGGCAAUGCAGACAACGCACCCUGUGUGGACAAUGUGCGCAGCUUUACCGCAGCCUUUUUGUUCUCGAUGGAGACCCAGGCAACUAUUGGCUAUGGCUUCAGGGGGAUGACUGAGAACUGCAUUGUGGCCAUUAUUCUGGUAACCGUUCAAGAUGUAUUCAGCUGCCUCCUUGACACCAUUGUCAUCGGUAUUGUUGUGGCUAAGAUGGCAUCUGCUCGUAAGAGAGCUCAGACGGUGGGUUUCACUAAACGUGCAAUAGUCAACCUGCGAGACGGGGUUCUGUGUCUGUCAUGGCGCCUCGGGGACUUCAGAGGUAAUCACAUCCUGGAGGGGGUCGCCCGGGCCCAGUUAGUCCGCUACGUAAAACAGCCACUGGGGUCAAUUUUGAUGUCCUAUCAGGACCUGGACAUUCAGAACCGGGACAUUGUCCUCGCCGCGCCAGCCACUAUUAUUCACAAGCUGGAGCCCGGCAGUCCCCUCUACAGCCUGGGCCCUGACGACCUGCCGGGGGACGAAUUUGAACUGGUUGUAUCUUUCACCUACACCGGAGACUCCACGGGCAUGCUCCACCAGACGCGCACCUCCUACACGCCAGCGGACAUCUGCUGGGGUCAGCGUUUCCAGGACAUGAUGAAACUGGGCAAGAGGCACUACAAGGUGGACUACGCUCUCUUCCAUGAGACCACGUGGGUGCCGGUGCCCCUGCUCAGUGCAGAGCAGUAUGACCGAGAGAGACGCCCUGUAGGAGGCAGCCAGCCCCGCAGUCCACCCUCACCGUCGGUCAAGUCAAACGGACACACUUACCGGGUGAAUCCUGACCUCACGGAGGAGGCGAUGCAUCAAACCGCUUUGUAG